UGUUAUAUACGACACCGGUGUCGUACUUCCUUAUAUACGACACCUACCAUUUCUUGGCCCACAGGACUCCAAUCGGCGUACAACAAAAUGCGCUGUGUAGCCACGGCCCGCAGCUAUCAGCCCAUACCAUUUUGGGUCAAAUCGGCCAAGUGGUUGCGGAGAAAGAGCCGAAAAUAGGGGGCUCCGCAACUUACCGAGGGGGUGUCAGCGACGUUCCGGUCAUAACUCCUUGCACAGACAUUGCCUGAUCGCACGUACACUCGCGAUGAGUAGGUACAGGCCAGAGCUAUCGUUCAAGCCGCUGUGGGGCGAAAUCCACCCAGUCAGUGCCAUGGUACCUUACACCCGGCGGGACACUGUCCCCGAGGGCGGUGUCGUAGAGAAGCUUAUAUACGACACCGCCCGUUUCUUGGCACACACGGCGCCGAUGGACACCACACCACGUGCACUACAUUGUUAUGGUCCAUAGCUAUUGUUCAAGCCGCUGUGAGGCGAAAUCCAAUCAGUCAGUGCCAUGGUAGGCCUACACCCGCCGGGACGGUAUCCCCGAGGGCGGUGUCGUAG